CUCCCCCUCGUUACCUACCUUUCCCCGUCACCCUUGACGUGCGCACAUCGUUAACAACCAAAGCAAAAUUUAUCUAGGUUCUCGCCGAAAAAAACCAUGCGUCUCGCCGCCGUUUUAAUUCUUGCCAGCGGCUUACACGCGAGUCGGGCCUUGGCGAAAAGGGACGACGAUGGACCCAGCUGCUAUCCGCUGCCCGCCAGCCCGACGUCUACUACUUCGAGGACAAGGCAUCCGCCACCCCUGACUACCACCAGCCUCGCUGCAUCUUGCACAUACAAGCCGACGCAGACCUUCUACUCCAGCAGCGGGUGUCCCCUAACCUGUGGGAACGAAUUUUGCGUCAUUGACGCGGCCGUCACCAUCCCAUGCGGCUGCCCUAGAGUUGAUAUCCAGCCCACAACCGUCACCGUCUGCCCUACCCAAACUCCGUGUUACCAGUGCUACACGGGCUGGGGUACUUUCUUGGUCACGCAAACUUGCCCACAAACGGCCUCACUGCCGACUCAUACUUCAGAGGCGGUGGAGAUGGAUGAAGACUGAAGCAAGUAUGUGAUCG